AUGGUCGGAUACACUCGACGCCAAGUGGCCGCGGGCCUAGCUCUCAUGGGCGGCCUGCCAGCGCUCGCAACUCAAGUUCCUCUGGGCCUGGAUACCAAUCGCGAGCAGCAAUUGCCGCUGCAAAGCGAAGGCAGCGCCCUGCCCUUGGUCAGCACCGAGGCGCUUCAGGAUAGCAUCAAGAUUGACAAUCUUUUUGCUCGCGCCAAGGAGCUGUAUGAGAUUGCAAAGCUGGGCGAGGAUGAGUUCAACCAUCCUACGCGCGUUAUCGGCGGUGACGGACACUUGGGGACGCUAUCGUAUAUAUACUCGUCCCUAGCAGAGCUGGGCGACUAUUAUACUUUGUCUAACCAAACCUUUCCCGCCGUGACGGGACGGGUCUCCGAGUAUCGUCUCGUGCUGGGCGACCAGGUCCCGAGCUCGGCGUUGCCCAUGGGCCUGACGCCCCCGACCAAGGACAAGGAGCCUGUUCACGCAGACCUGGUCCUCGUCGCAAACGCCGGCUGCGAUGCUUCUGACUUUCCCGCCGAAGUCGCUGGCAACAUUGCCUUUGUGCAGCGUGGCACGUGCGCCUUUGGCACCAAGUCAGAGCACGCUGGCCGUGCUGGCGCCGUUGCCGCGGUUGUCUACAACAACGACGAGGGUCCUCUUUCCGGAACACUUGGUACGCCGUCGCCGUACCACGUUGCCACCUUUGGCUUGUCCGAUGCACAGGCUGCACCGGUCCUAAAAAAGCUCAAGGAUGGAAAGCGUGUAGAUGCCAUUGCUUACAUGGAUGCCGACGUCCAGACUACCUACACUGACAAUAUCAUUGCCCAGACCACCGCUGGCGACCCUGACAACUGUGUUAUGUUGGGUGGACACAGCGAUAGUGUAACUGAAGGUCCUGGUAUCAACGACGACGGUUCUGGUAGUCUUAGUGUGCUCGAGGUUGCUAAGCAACUUACCAAGUUUAGCGUCAACAACUGUGUCCGCUUUUCUUGGUGGGCUGCCGAGGAAGAAGGCUUGCUCGGCUCGGACCACUACGCAGCCAGCCUCAGUCCCGAGGAGAACCAGAAGAUUCGCUUGUUCAUGGAUUAUGACAUGAUGGCCAGCCCCAACUUUGCUUACCAGAUUUACAAUGCUACCAACGAUGAGAGUCCGGAAGGAUCGGAGGAGCUUCGAGACCUCUAUAUCAACUGGUACAAGUCUCAGGGUCUCAACUAUACUCUCAUCCCCUUUGAUGGCAGAAGUGACUACGAUGGUUUCAUCCGAGCUGGUAUUCCCGCUGGUGGUAUCGCCACUGGUGCAGAGGGCAUCAAGACCAAGGAGGAAGAGGAGCAAUUCGGCGGCAAGGCAGGUGACUGGUACGAUCCGUGCUACCACCAGCUUUGCGAUGAUGUUAGCAACCUGAAUCUGACAGCCUGGGAGGUGAACACCAAGCUUAUCGCUCACUCAGUUGCCACCUAUGCUGCCUCUUUCGAGGGCUUCCCCAAGCGAGUUGCGCUGAAGUCUUCGGCUACCGGCGUAUACGAGGAACAGACCAAGUACCACGGCGCCAAGCUUUUCAUCUAA